AUGGCGCUGGCUCCGCCAGUCGCGGCGCUCCCUGCGGCUGCCAGCGGAUCAGAAGGAGAGCAGACUUCACCCUCCCUGGAAGCAGCCGCAAAUGGCUCCAACGCCGUUGACGAGCCGCAGCUGAUUCUGCGAAAAAUGGCGCUGAUGAGUCUGGUCGCGGCGGACGGUUACCACUGGCUGAAAUACGGCGAGAAAGUUCUGUCGAAGAUUGGCGACCCGGUUUCUAGCCUAUUCCCCCAGCAGAAAUUCACUGAAGAGUGGGGGCAGGCGCAAUCCUUCUCCUCCCCACCUUCUCCUCCCCCUCUCUUCCCCCUUCCAUUCAAGCACCAUUCAAGCGGAGCCGGCUUCCUGGCCUACUACAAGUGUGGCGAAGCCAGCGGGGAGAAGGGAAGAGCGGGCUUUAGAUGCCCUGCCCGUAAAGUCGUCGACGUCGAUCCAUCUAUGCCCUUCGACCCGGCCUUGGCUCGCAUCACCUACAGCCACUCUCACAACCAUCCCCCACCCUCCACCUUCGCUGGACGCCUCCGCCUCCGAACCAGCACCGCCGAGCCUGGUGUUUCCGAGCCUGGUGGUGCCGAGGCGGGUGGUGCCGAGCCUGGUGGUGCCGCCGAGCCUGAUAGCGGUGGUGCAGAAGAAGAUGUGAGGAUGGAGGAGGGAGGGGGAGUGGGGGAGGGUGAUUCUUCUACCAGUGGUUCUGCUGGUGAUACUGCUGCUGACGUUGCCGCUACUGCUGUUGUUGGCGCUGCUGCUGGUGCAGGUGGUGCUGUCGGUAGUGGUGUUGCUGCUACUGCUGGUGUUGGUAUCGACGGUAGGAUGGGGAGAAUCGGUGAGACAGGAGGGGCUGUUACGAUAGGACAGAGGGCGCAAGGGGCUCUCAGCCUUCAGCAGCAGCUGCACCAGCUGCAGCAGAGACAGCAGCAGCAACAGCAGCAGCAGCAGCAGGAGCAGGAGCAGGAACAGCAGGAUCAACAGCAGCAGCAAGAGCAGAAACGGCAGCAGCAGCAGCAGCAGCAGCAGCAGCAGCAGCAGCAGCAGCAGCAGCAGCAGCAGCAGCAGCAGCAGCAGCAGCAGCAGCAGCAGCAGCAACAGCAGCAGCAGCAGCAGCAGCAGCAACAGCAGCAUCAUCAUCAGCAGCAGCAGCACCAACAGCAGCAGCAGCACCAACCGCAGCAGCAGCACCAACCGCAGCAGCAGCACCAACCGCAGCAGCAGCACCAACCGCAGCAGCAGCACCGACCGCAGCAGCAGCAGCAGCAGCAGCAGCAGCAGCAGCAGCAGCAGCAGCAGCAGCAGCAGUUUCUGUCACUACUGAUGGCAUCCCUCCAACAAGGAAGAAAUACCUCCGCUGCUACAAACACUGCAGUCGCCACAGCCGCUGCAGCCCCAACAGGCACAGUAACCGCACCAGGCGGAGCAGCAGCAACAGGUGGUGCCAAUGCCCCCAGGGAUGCCACUCACCCGUCUGGUCCGGCAAGCAACAGCAUCAUCAGCCGCAGCGCUACAACCCCCCUCACCACGGCAGCUACAGCCGGCGUUGAGAUUGGCGUGGUUCAGGGAAGCACCAGCGGCAGCAGCAGCAGUAGCAUGGGGGGUGUGGCCCCUCCUGCUUGGUUGCUCUCCCUGCUUCAUUCCUCCUCCUCUGCUCCCUCUGCUUCUGCUGCUGCUGCUGUUGCUCCUGGUUUCACUCCUCUGAGGGUGCCUCAUGCAGCAGCAGCAUCCGGUGCAACGCAGCACACACCCCAACACCUCACACACACUACAACACUCUCGGCAAAACUCACCCCCUCUACACUCAAUGCCAAUACAGUCACACCAUCAAAACUCUCACCAUCCCUGACAGCGACGCUGCUGCCUAAAAUAUCUCAAGGAACCGGCCAAUCGUGUGAUCCGCUGAUGUCACUCGUGCCGCCCGCUCUCUGGCCCACCAUGGCAGAGUAUAUCGCAGCUGCUGGGAAGCUUCCAAAGUGCGUGGGACAGCUGGGAAUAGCCGUUGGCAACGUGGCAGCCCUGUCAGCAGCCUUAUCCGCCAUGUCAGAGAGCAGAUCAGUGGGAGCAGCAGCAGAAGCCGCAGGAGACGGAGAGAGAAGAGGGGAAGCCUCAGCAGCAGUAGCAGCAGCAGGAGCAGCAGCAGCACCCGAACCUGCAGCGGCAGCAGCAGCAGCAGCAGCAGUGUUGCCAGCAGUUAUAGCAGCGGCUAAGACAUUGGUAGCCGAGGCAGAGGCAGCAGCAGCAGUGCUCGUAGCAGAGGCUCUCAAGGCCUGUGACAGGGAAUCACCUGCAUCUGCUGCUCCCUCCGCUCCCACCUCUGCUGCUUCUGCUGCUGCUGCUGCUUCUUCUGCUGCUGCCUUUGGUAAUCAUUCUAGUGCAAGUAAUGCUGCUGCUAAUGCUGCUGCUGCUGCUGCUGCUGCUGCUGCUGCUGCUGCUGCUGCUGCUACUGCUGGUGCUGCUGCUGCGUAUGGUGCUUCGGGUUCAGCGGAGCAGGCAGCACUGCGCGCCAUCCUGGCAGCAGCAGCACACGUGGCACCACAGCAGGCUCCUGCAGCAGCAUCUGGCGCAGCACUCCCUAAUAGUGACUCUCACAUGAAUGCUCGGGGCAGCAUAGGGGUUGACACUCACAUGACUGCUCGAGACAGUCCAGGCGUUGAUACCCAUAUGAGUGCUGAAGCGAGCGUGAAGGUGGAGGCACAACAGAGUGCCCAUGCCGCUGGGGGAUUUGACGCUCACUUGAAUCACCGGACAGAGAGAGGGAGCACCAGGCACAUGGGCAGGCACGUGGGCAGACACAAAGACUUCGCAGUCGUCGCAAUGGCCAGGUUCCUAUCUCUCGCGCUUUUGGCGGUCCUCGUCGUUGCGGUGAUUACUCCCCUGGAGGCAGCGCCGAAGAUGACGCUGUACGAGAAGAACCUGAACGACGCAAUCACCGUCGUCAAGGCGAAACCUGGUUACAAGGCCUUCGCAUCGCUCGUCGGCGCAAUUCUGAAGCAAUCCCAGCUGAAGAAUCUCGUCCAGCAGAACCUGACCAUCUUCGUUCCCAACGACAAGGCGCUUACCGACUUCAACCUCACCCAGUACGCCACCGCCGACCUCCUCAAGGUCGUCAAGUACCACGCCGUGAAGGGCACCUACACCUUCGCGCAGCUGCAGGCUCUCGCCUCAUCUGGCGGCAAGCUCCAGACGACCUUCGGAAUGCCGAUCUCGCUGACUCAGGCGAAGAAGGGCAUCGGCAUGUUCGGCAUGGAGAAGAUCGGCGCCGCUGUCCUCGAUAAGGACAUCUCCAUUAAGCCGACUGUGGUUGCGCAGGGAAUUUCCCGCGUGCUUAAGCCUAAGGGGUUCGUUAUCAAGGGCGCCAGCGCGGCUCCCCCGGCUUCCAAGUCACCCGCGACUAAGUCCCCCGCGACUAAGUUCCUAUCUCUCGCGCUUUUGGCGGUCCUCGUCGUUGCGGUGGUUACUCCCCUGGAGGCAGCGCCGAAGAUGACGCUGUACGAGAAGAACCUGAACGACGCGAUCACCGUCGUCAAGGCGAAACCCGGCUACAAGGCCUUCGCUUCGCUCGUCGGCGCAAUUCUGAAGCAAUCCCAGCUGAAGAAUCUCGUCCAGCAGAACCUGACCAUUUUCGUUCCCAACGACAAGGCUUUAACCGACUUCAACCUCACCCAAUACGCCACCGCCGACCUCCUUAAGGUCGUCAAGUACCACGCCGUGAAGGGCACGUACACCUUCGCGCAGCUGCAGGCUCUCGCCGCAUCUGGCGGCAAGCUCCAGACGACCUUCGGAAUGCCGAUCACGCUGACUCAGGCGAAGAAGGGCAUCGGCAUGUUCGGCAUGGAGAAGAUCGGCGCCGCUGUCCUCGAUAAGGACAUCUCCAUUAAGCCGACGGUGGUCGCGCAGGGAAUUUCUCGUGUGCUGAAGCCUAAGGGGUUCAUUAUCAAGGGCGCGAGCGCGGCUCCCCCGGCUUCCAAGUCCCCCUCGACUAAGUCACCCUCGACUAACUGCUCUAGCGUGGCUGGUGCUGCGCGGAAGACCGCGGAGGCUGACGGCGGAAGCGAGCGGAGUGGCGGGGCUCGUGGGUCGGAUGGGGAAGGGGAAGGGGGAAAUGGCAGCGCGGGGGGAGACGACCGGGGAGGCGCGCACGCGGGGGACGCGGGGAACGCGGGGGAGGCGGAAGAGGGAAUGGAGUAUGAGGAGAGGCGGCAUCAUUUUCCGGGGGAACAGGUGUGCGGCGGUGAGGGGGAGGGGAAACGAGGGGGUGGGGGGGGCGGGGGACAGUUGGGGGGGAGAGGGGAGGAGAGAGGAAGAACGGGUUGGGGGAGGGAGAACGGUGGGAGUGAGAGAGGGAGGGGGGGGGGGCGUUUGGCUGGAAAGCGCGGGGAAGGUGGGAUAGAUGUAAAAGAGUAUCCCAAUCUUGUCAAGUCCCUCCGCUUCCUCCUCUUCGGCGCUUUGAAGUCUUCUCAAGCAGCACAGGGCAGAGCCUUUUUGAGGGGAGAGGGGGAGGUAGGUUGUGUGGUUGAGGAGAGAGAGCAGGCAGGUUGUCCGCUGGCAGGGCUGGCUGCUUCUGAGGCUGUUGGGGGGACAGGAGGAGAAACGGAUGCAAGUGGUCAGGCAGCAGCGACCGCAGCACCAGCAACAGAAGCAGAAGCAUCAGAAGCAUCAACAGCAGCAGCAGCAGCAGCAGCAGCAACAGCAGCAGCAGCAGCAGCAGCAGAUGUGAAAGGUGUCAUGGUCAGCGAAACAGACGCUGCUGGCGUGAAGGAAGUGGGGGGGAUGGUUGCUGACGCAGCUUCUCCUUCAGGGCAGACGCAGGGAAAAGCACGUGAGCAGGGCCGUGGGAAUGCAAGGCAGCGAAUGCAGAAGCAGCAGCGAUAUAGGGAGCAGGCUGCUGCUGAUGUGGCGCUGAGGCGGCCGUGCUUCGUGAUGAGCUGGCGCAGGAGAAUCCCAAGGGAGGAUGAGGAGGGGUUUUUCAGGUUGUGUGAGGAGGUGGGGAUGAGUGUGGAGGAUCUGGGCUCUAGAGUGUUUUGUAUUUCUCCUUUUGCAAGUGAACAAUAA